AUGUCAGCCCUCUACAAACUAGCCGCAAUCAACAAAGGCCCAGAAACCAGUUGGGACGACAAACACACCCGGGUCCUGGCCCGACUGAACGACGAAGAAAUCGAAAUCCUGCAGCUCCCCUCGCCCACCUGUCCGACACGACGCAUUUCCGAGCCUAGCCGCAUCACUGCCCCAAAGGUCCCCAUCAUGAGUCCCCCUUGGCGUCUUGGCAUCUGCGCCAUGGAAAACAAGGCCCUUAGUAAGGCUAACCAGGAGAUCUUCCGCCGUCUGCAAGUAGACGGACUCAUUGACGUUGUCCUGUUCGGUGACAAGGUACUGUUGAACGAGAAGCCGGAGGACUGGCCUGUCUGCGACUUUCUCAUCGCGUUUUAUUCGGAUGGGUUUCCGCUCGAGAAGGCGGUAGCGUAUACCCGGCUUCGGGACCCGUUUGCCUACAAUGAUCUGCUGAUGCAGGGGGUGCUUUUCGAUCGGCGGCUUUGUAAUCGUGUUGUCCGCAUCUCCGGGUCCGCACCGGUCUUCCUGUUCAUCGUCGGUGCUCUUCUCGUUUGGGCUUUCUUGGGUAUUCGUUUUGGAGAAUCUACUAAGUGGACGGCGGUUAUUUCUGAUGUACAGGCUAUCCUGUGCUACGUGUUCGACUCCUUCCUCAUGCGACAACUGCUCCGCGAAUAUGCUGAACAACAGGAGGCGAUGGCGGAGAUGAAGUCGAGACGCAAUAGCCACGAGCGCAUGUUCGCGAAGCUCAAGGAGAAACUGGGGCCGGAAAGGGUCGAGCGUGUGUCGCAGAUAAGUGGUGAUCGUCCCUUGGAUGCGCUGGAUCAGGGGUCACGUACGCAGAGUUGGUUCGCGCGCAUGAUUAUCUUCACUGCGGGGGCUUUCGGGCAUAUCAUCACGGUGGGCAUGUACUGGGUUUGCAUCUUUAUCUGGCUGGGUUUCGGACGCUAUUGUGGCUGGACGGAUCGGUGGCAGCUGUACAUCAACUCGGCAACUUCGGCGCUGAUGGUGCUGGUGUUUGCGUUCCUUGAUUGUCUGCGGGAGUGCUACGCCGACUAUGUCAAUAAUUGCCUGGAUGCCAUUUUCCGUCUUGAUGCUACGCUCGAGCAGGAGCUCCGUUGCAUCUCCGAGGACGACCUUCCCAAUGAGCCGGAGGUGAUCCCGCCGCCGCGUGAAAACCUGCUACAGGUUGCUGUGUUCCACUAUGCCGACAUCAUUGGUACGCUAGUUGGGAUUGUGAUUCUCUUAGUGGUCAUCGUUGCGUGGGCAGCUGUCGGUCCAGUCUUCCACUUCAAUGACAAUUGGUGGCUUCUGAUUGGUACUUACGCGGGCUUGGUUGGCUUGUUCGAUAGCUUCAUCCUGCGCAAUAUCCAAGGCAAAGUUAAGGAUUACACGACCUGUCAGGUCCAAAGUCUGGAGAGAGAAGACAUGUCCCUUUUCGCUGGGACACAGAUGGCAAUCCCAGCCAAGGACAACCUCGAUAUGUCUUCCCUCACCCAUCGGGUCUCGAUUUCUAUGGGGAAGAUCUGCUCUCAUCUGCUUAUGGUCGUUGCUGGGUUUCUUCUCACCAUCGGCUGUGUGAUUGGAUCGAGUGUGAUGAGGUGGAAUACGACGGGGCAAUUGAUUUCGAACAUCCCACCCAGUAUCAUUGAGACCUUCUUCAUGCUUAUCCUAAUCACUGGACAGAAUGAUGCCGAUGCCAGCGCUCGGGUUGAUAUGACCAAUAUUUAUCAUCGACGACAGAGACUUCUGUGGUUCGUUAAGGACGCUCGGGAGUUGCUGAGGAACCCUCAACAUACCACAGAGCCUACUGAGAAGAGGGACAAUGAAGUCCCAGGUGAAGCGUUGACCUAG